AUGAAAUCAGGGAAAGACGACAUGGCUAGUAAUAAUGCACAACCAGAGGCAUCCGAUGAAGAAGAUGAUGAUAUGCAUGAAACGUCUAGCAUUGGUAGCACUUGUACCGACAACACAUCGAACGGUAGUGAAACUCAAGUUAAUCGAAGAAAGCGACGCCGAUCGAAGAAAAAAACACCAAAAGUAGUAAAACCUUUAUACAAAUUUGGUAGUUUUGUGAAGGAGGAUCAUGGCCAAGCGCUGUUCGGGUGUCAGUUUAAUCACAAUCUCAAAAACGGAGAACUGCCUACAUUUGCGACAGUCGGCAGCAAUCGUGUGACCAUUUACCAAUGUCUAGAAGAUGGCGAAAUAACGCUAAAACAAUGUUACGCCGACCCGGAUAUGGAGGAAGUUUUCUACACCUGCGCUUGGUCGCACGACGUGGAAACGGGUAGACCAACAUUAGCAGCGGCUGGCCUGCGAGGUGUUAUUCGUGUGUUUAAUACGGCAUCUCUGAAAGGUCACAAGUAUUUCAUCGGCCACGGGCACGCGAUCAAUGAAGUGAAAUUCCACCCAAAGGAACCGUACCUGCUGAUGUCCGCCAGCAAGGAUCAUUCGCUAAGACUGUGGAAUACGAAAACGGAUAUAUGCAUCGCGGUUUUCGGCGGUGUCGAAGGACAUCGCGACGAGGUGCUAAGCUUCGAUUUCGAUAUCCUAGGAACACGUAUCAUGUCGUGUGGCAUGGACCACUCCCUCAAGAUGUGGCGUCUCGACACGGAAACGAUGAAGAAAGCCAUACGCAAUAGCUACACGUUCAAUGAAGCGAAAAGCCUCUCUCGGUUUCCGUCGGAGAAUGAACAUUUUCCCGUUUUUUCAACGCGAGACAUUCACAGAAACUACGUCGAUUGUGUUAGGUGGAUGGGUGAUUUUGUCCUGUCGAAAUCCUGCGAGAACACCAUCGUCUGCUGGAAACCGGGAAAACUGGACGAUGUGGAAGUAAAGAACAAUGAAACCCUAACCACCGUCAUUACUACGCUCGAGUUCAAAGAGAGCGAGAUCUGGUUCGUUCGAUUCUCGCUGGACUACUGGCAGAAGUUCUUGGCGCUGGGCAAUCAGACUGGUAGAACCUACAUUUGGGAGCUGGAUACGGACGAUCCUGUCCAUCCACGCUGUAGCACCCUUUUUCAUCCUAAAUGCAACGCUGCCAUCCGGCAAACCUCGUUUUCUAGAUCGGGAAACAUACUGAUAUGCGUCUGUGACGAUGGAACGGUAUGGAAAUGGGAUAAGAUAAAUAACUAAUAUUUUUAAUGGGUUCGCAGGAGUAAACGUCAAGUCCUAGAUUGUAAAAUAUUUAAUCAAAACCAUAAAUACACCUUUCCA